GGCCGGUCCGCGAGGGCGGUGGCCGCUGUGGUGGCGGGAGCUAGCAAGUCUUUCCUCCCUGGAACAGUGUGUCGGUCCCUCGAUCGGUGGAGCAGUAAGGUUCCCCGCGCGCACGCGCACACGCUCGCGUCCGCUGCGCCCCGCCCCUGCGGGCCGCGGAGUCGCCAACCCAGGGCCGCUCAGCGCGGGCCGCUGAGGGUGGUAUGCUGGACUACGACGAGGUGGUCGCCUUCCUGGGCGAGUGGGGGCCCUUCCAGCGGCUCAUCUUCUUCCUGCUCAGCGCCAGCAUCAUUCCCAAUGGCUUCAACGGCCUGUCGGUUGUGUUCCUGGCGGGCACUCCCGAGCACCGCUGCCGGGUGCCGGACGCGGCGAACCUGAGCAGCGCGUGGCGCAACCACAGUAUCCCGCUGCGGCUGCAGGACGAUCGCGAGGUGCCCCACAGCUGCCGCCGCUACCGCCUCGCGUUGCUUGUCAACUUCUCGGAGCUCGGGUUGGUGCCCGGGCGCGACGUGGAUCUGGCGCAGCUGGAGCAGGAGAGCUGCCUGGACGGCUGGGAGUUCAGCCAGGACGUUUACCACUCCACUAUCGUGACCGAGUGGAACCUGGUGUGCGAGGACGACUGGAAGGCCCCGCUCACGAUCUCCUUGUUUUUUGUGGGUGUGCUGCUGGGCUCCUUCAUUUCUGGGCAGCUUUCAGACAGGUUUGGUCGGAAGAACGUGCUGUUUGUGACCAUGGGCAUGCAGACGGGCUUCAGCUUCCUCCAGGUCUUCUCAGUGAACUUCGAGAUGUUUACUGUGCUGUUUGUCCUUGUAGGCAUGGGCCAGAUUUCCAACUAUGUGGCAGCUUUUGUCCUGGGUAUGGCCAUCAAGUUGGAGAACAGAAAUUCUGGGCAAGUCGGUUCGUAUUCUGUUCUCCACAUUAGGAGUGUGCAUAUUUUACGCAGUUGGCUACAUGUUGCUGCCGCUGUUUGCUUACUUCAUCAGAGACUGGCGGCUGCUGCUGCUGGCGCUGACGGUGCCAGGGGUGCUGUGCAUGGUGUUCUGGUGGUGAGUGUGGCCCCGCCAGAGGUGUUCUGCCCGGCCUUCACCAGAGGGCAGCAGCAACCCACGAAUCCCUGUUUGGGCACCCGAGGACAGGAAGUGUUCAUCCCCGAGUCCCCCCGCUGGCUCAUCUCUCAGGGACGAUUUAAAGAGGCAGAGGUGAUCAUCCACAAGGCUGCCAAAAUCAAUGGGAUCGUUGCACCCACAAUCAUCUUCAACCCUUCUGAGCUACAAGACCUAAGUUCCAAGAAGAAGCAGUCCCACAACAUUCUGGAUCUGCUUCGAACCCGGAAUAUCCAAAUGGUCACUGUCAUGUCCAUCAUUCUGUGGAUGACCAUAUCUGUGGGCUAUUUCGGACUUUCCCUUGAUACUCCCAAUUUGCAUGGGGACAUCUUCUUGAACUGCUUCCUUUCGGCAGUGGUUGAAGUCCCAGCAUAUGUUGUGGCCUGGGUGCUGCUGCAGUAUCUGCCCCGGCGCUAUUCCAUGGCCACUGCCCUGUUCCUGGGCGGCAGCGUUCUGCUCUUCGUGCAGCUGGUGCCUGCAGACUUAUUCUAUCUGGCUACGGUCCUGGUGAUGGUGGGCAAAUUUGGAGUCACUGCUGCCUUUUCCAUGGUCUAUGUGUACACAGCUGAGCUGUACCCUACGGUUGUCAGGAACAUGGGCGUGGGGGUCAGCUCCACAGCAUCCCGCCUGGGCAGCAUCCUGUCUCCCUAUUUCGUCUACCUUGGUGCCUAUGACCGCUUCCUGCCCUACAUUCUCAUGGGAAGUCUGACCAUCCUGACAGCCAUCCUCACCUUGUUCCUCCCAGAGAGCUUCGGUACCCCACUCCCAGACACCAUUGACCAGAUGCUAAGGGUCAAAGGAAUAAAAUACAGGCCAGCUCCAAGCCACACAAGUCCCACCAGGGUAUCAAGAGAAGAUGAAGAAAGCCCCACAAUCCUUAAAAGCACAACCUUCUAACACAGCCUUCAGUAAACUGAAGAGGAAAGACUGCUCCUUGUCAGAAAUGGCUUGUGCAGACAAGUCCUUCUGUGACAAAGGUCUUUGCUAUUUAUUCUGUUGACCCUUUUUCUGACCUGCUCAUGGAUGGGCACCCAGACUCAGAGGCUGCAUAUGGUCCUAGAGUAGUACCUUCCCUCCAGAGACACCGGGGCUAUGGUCAGACAACUGUAGGUAAGUCACAGAUACUAUGAUGAUGGACUUGGUGCUUCCUAAGAAGUUAACUGUUCACCAGAACAAGUGGGAUUUGAACGAAUACAGGAGGCAUCUGCUAAAUUUACAAUUUAAUUUUCAGACUGCCUAAAAAGGCCCCUGAUAAAACUGGAGGUCUAAGCUUUCCUCCCCCAUUCCCAUUCACUUGUAAUAAUUCACUUUAGAGCACAAGAAAUAAUUUCACAGGGAGUUUGACAUUUUCUCAGUUCCAAAGGACAUUAACAGGGGUUGUUGCUUCCCCAGGACAGGAGAGCACAGGGUCUGGGAAACAUAGAGGUAAUUCACAUAGAAGGGACUGCAGAGAUACAGAAUAUGCGGGUGAGUGUAUUGAUGUGUGAGCUCUUGGACCACUCAGUAUGACUCGGGGUAGAGUUGUUUACAUCUGAUCAAAGCACUUGGGCUUGUCCAGGCCCAUAAGAAAAGCAUCCUUGAAUCUAUUAUUCUUAUUUGCCACUGCUGUGUAAAUCAAACCUUCUUGCUACUUUGGUUCUUGUGUAUGGUUUGAAGGUAGUGUAUCAGUGAGAAAAAGAGACAAGUCUCUUCUCUUGAAACUGUGAUGUGAGUUGUUUAUUGUUUUUUGAUUUUUGUUUUGUUUUGUUUUUUAUUUUGGUGGUAGUUGUGUCUUUUGCUCCUUAAGUUAUUUGCCCUUCAGAAUAGACUUAGGAAAGGCUGGUUCCUUAACCUCCAGUUUGUGGCCUUUUUAUCCAGAAACACUUGCACAUGUAAAUCUUUGGCCUUACCAGCCUUAGCCACUAGCACUUCUCUGAGGGCCAGAAAUGGUGUCAUUGUGUGUUUCUUUUGUGAUAUCUAAUCAUGGAAAAAAUUACAAGAAGAAACUUAAAUUGUGUUCACAGUAUUUUCAGAGAUGCUCACUUCAGACAUAUAACAUUAUUGGGAGAUAUUUUAUAUUCAUUGUAUUUGUCUUCUCUUUUCUGAAUAUGUUCCGUGGUACUCCUUCUGAUUAUGUUCAUAUGGUAUUUCACCUGGUUAAAAAAUGUAUUUCUGUGAAAGCUACUGAAGUGCCUAAGGAAAUGAAAACAUUUUAAUAAAUAAAAUGAUAGCCACUGUC